GUCUUUUGUUUAGCCAUGGUCAAAUUAUAACAACUUUGAAAUUUAAAGGAUAUUGUGGAAAUUGUCCAUAAUCUAGAUGAUCGAGGCAGUAAAAAACAAAAUAUCUAAGAAUGGUCUUGGGGACAUAGCUUAGAGACUUCUCCCUAUAAAACGAGAGAAGUGUGAUUAACAACGCAACAAGUUGACGAAAAAACAGUGAGCUUGCAAGCGGAGAAGAUCUUGUACACUCUCGGCUUCCCCAUGGUUUUCAAAGCAGCCUUGGAGCUUGGCGUCAUCGACACGAUGGCUGCUGUAGAUGAAGGCGUGUGGCUCUCGUCUUCUGAGAUAGCGCUUCGUCUCCCUACCAAACCUACCAACCCGCAGGCACCAGUUUUGUUGGACAGGAUGCUGGCUUUACUUGUUAGUCACUCAAUCUUAAAGUGCCGUAUGGUCGUUGAAACCGGAAAAUCCGAGAGAGUUUAUGCAGCUGAACCGGUUUGCAUGUUUUUCUCGCAUUAUGGCGGAGCCUCGGGUUCUUUUGCGUCUCUGUACAUGGUAGGCCUAAGCGAAACCUUUUUCAAGACUUGGAUGCAUCUCAAAGAUAUGAUAUUAGAAGGAACGGAUGCAUUCACCUCUGCUCAUGGCAUGAAACUUUUUGAAUACAUUGGUUCAAACGAAAGGUUCGCUGAGAUAUUUAACCGGGGAAUGUCAGAAGUUUCUACAAUGACCAUGAAGAGAAUUCUACAAGUGUACAAGGGAUUCGAAGAUGUUAACACUUUAGUGGACGUGGGAGGAGGACUUGGACAUGUCAUAGGUUUAGUGACUUCCAAGUAUCCUCAUAUUAAAGGCAUCAACUUCGACGUAGCCAAGGUCGUAACCGGUGCUCCGCUUUAUCCAGGAGUGGAGCAUGUUUCAGGAGAUAUGUUCAAAGAAAUUCCAAAAGGAGAUGCCAUCGUCAUGAAAUGGAUACUACAUGAUUGGAACGACGAAGAUUGUGUAAAGAUUCUAAGAAAUUGCUGGAAAAGUCUCUCGGAAAAAGGAAAAGUGAUAAUAAUCGACAUGAUUACGCCGGUGGAACCAAAGAUCAACGACACUUCUUCUAACAUUGUAUUUGGUAUGGACAUGUUUAUGUUAACACAAUGCUCAGGUGGUAAGGAGAGGUCAUUGCCACAGUUCGAGACUCUAGCCUUUGAUUCGGGUUUUAUUCGUUGUGAAAUCAUAUGUCAUUCCUAUUCAUACAGUGUUAUCGAAUUACACAAAUAGGUUCCAGAUUUUACCAACGAAAAGUAAGAUUUAAUAAUGUCGUCAAUAUGUACCUUGUUUUUUCAUCAAAAUAAACUACAAUUUUAUAUUGUAUCUCACAUUCAUGAGUUUUUUUUUU